AUGUGUGAAAUUCAGGAUUAUUCCAUAGUGUCUAAGGAUAUUUAUGUCAAUAAAUAUUCGGGCUGCUCAGACAUGGACUUGUACAUCACAGAUUCGCUCCAGGACAUGCUGGACAUGGACAUUAAGAAUGAAAUUGCAACAGACUUGAGCAGCGUUACCGAUUUUUCUGACUCCUUAGGCUUAAACUUCUCGGAACUACCACCUUUAUUAGACAUGGACACAGAUAAUUCAGUAACGUGGCUCAAUAACUCGUCAAGUUUCGUUCAUAAUCUAGAUUUAUACGGCUCAGAGGCAAACGCUGUCAUGGUCAAUCCGAACUCAGUAAUGCCGUCCACGUUCGCCGAAACACCAGUCAAAAGUGUAGUUAAGGAAGAAGCAUCGAAUCUAUUACUGACGUCAGCUGCUAACAACGACCUGAACAACAGCACAUCACUAUCGAGUCCAAAAGAAGAGAAAAGCCACCUAACAUUCUCGCCUAACACGAUAAAAGUCAAACAGGAACCAGAGGAAACGCGAAAACAGAGCGAGGAAGCGACACAAAUGGUCAUUUACGUCAGGAAACAGGACAAAAAUGUCGUCAAGGACCUCCUAAAGGAUUUAGACACGAGCAAGGUCAAAUUAAAUUCCGGGCUACCGCUCACGAGACUAAAAAACCAAGACAUCAUCAAAGUGAACAAGAGUUGCUCGGUACUUAACUCUAGCCAAAAAAUAACGCACCAGAUCGGCGCAAAGACAAUAAUAUCCGGCAACAUACACAUAUUGGACGCGCAGCAGUCUAGGACAAUUUUAGCUAAUGGCAACAAGAAUCAGACGACACUGCUCAUCGACAACUCGUUGAGCAAUAGACAAAUUAUUAAGACGUCUGUGGCCGGGACGUAUACGGUGGACAGUCAGAAGUAUGUAAAUACGUCUAGUAAUAAGGUUAAUGGUACGAGCGAGUUCCCGAAGCCAGCGUACUCGUACUCGUGUUUGAUAGCUAUGGCGCUGAAGAAUUCAAGAACGGGAAGUCUGCCAGUGUCUGAGAUAUAUAACUUUAUGUGUCAACACUUUCCAUACUUCAAAACAGCACCGAACGGUUGGAAAAAUUCAGUGAGACAUAAUUUAAGUCUGAAUAAAUGUUUUGAAAAAAUCGAGAAGCCAUCGAGCAAUGGUAGUCAAAGAAAAGGUUGUCUAUGGGCAAUGAAUCCGUCCAAAGUGGGGAAAAUGGACGAAGAAGUCCAAAAAUGGUCGCGGAAGGAUCCCCAAGCCAUUAAAAAGGCGAUGGUUUAUCCCGAUAGCUUAGAAGCACUGGAACGCGGAGAGAUGAAGUACUCAGGAUUUGGAAGUGACACGGAGGCAGAAGACGACGCUGAUGUGGACGGUGAUGCCGACCUUGACCCCGAGAUAGAGAUAGACCCGGAGGUCAAGGAGGAGGCUGAGGAUGAUUUUCUCGUGGAACAGGAGGUGUCCGAAGAAGAGUUAGAGGUUGAAGAAGUAGUAGAAGGAACAGGGAUGAUCGGAGGCACUUGCAGGCUACUCGCGGCUGCACCGGCUUCCUCUCUAUCAUAUCUCUCUCCAGAUAGUGAUGAUGUUGAGAUUUUGGAUCAAUCGUACGAAGAGAUCGAACUAGAUGUCACGGAACCCGUCAAGUUCGACUUGUCCUUCACAGAAGACUACACCAUUCAACCAGCGAAAAGAGCGAAGACAACAUUCGUCUACAAACCGAUGAGCUCCCAGUCCCACACCAGCAGACGGAAGACCCCCCUCGUCAACCGAGUGGCCCUAGUUUAA